AGCAGGAGGCGGGGCGUCGAUUCUGCUAUGCAUGUUACAGAAACACAGUGUUCCAAUGUGUUGUACAAUGUAUCAGUGGCUUAGUAUUAGCCUAUUCCUUUCACUUUGACGAGCAAAGUUCACCAUGUGCCCUCAGUCCAAUAGGAUCACUUUGUCUGCAAUGAUCACCAUGUGAGUUUGACCUCCCUGUAAAUGACUUCCUGUUUCUUUCUGUUCCCUGAGAGGUAAGCAGCAGGGGAUCUGUAUUGUUCUUUACUUUAUUAGUAUAUAUUAAUAUAUGGUAUAUUAUAUACACACAGCUAUUACAGAACCUGCAACGUUUUAUGGAAGGAGGCUAAAAAGUAAUACUAUUUUAGUAGAAAUAUUAUCAUAUUAAAAUAAGCAGCAGCAAUGCUCUUGGUUAUAGAGAGAGCUACAGACUAUGUGUUUAUUAAAAAUGUUAAUAUAAUCAGCAUUAAAUGGUGAUUAAAGGGAAGCAGUAUGCAGUUGUUGCACAUCUAUUUCAAUAAAUUUUAAUAAAAUAAAAACAGGACAGUACUGCAGAAGGCAGAUCCCUCACUAACCAUCAAUCAGUAGUUUAUCAUUCUAGUAUAUAAAUAUAUUUUAUUCUUAUCCCAUAAACAUCUGACUAUAAGAAGUUUAGGGUGUAUUAAUUGUAUCUCCUCAGUAGCAGUUAGACUCCUCAUAUAGAAUGAGUGUAUCUGCUCAGUAACCCAUGUAAAGCCUGUUUUCAGCCAACUCACAGCCCAGUUUAGUUUAGUGAGCACUGGACUGCGUGCAGUGACCUGUCAGCACACAGAUGUGUUAAAUGAGCACAUGCAGCCAUACAAGUUGGUUUAAGGUUGAACAGCAAAAAUAGGAAGUAAAUGUUAACCCUUGACGUCACUGCGCCAAGUGGGCAGGCUUAUAAAUUAUCCUAGUUUGCAAAUGUCUUCAGUACACAGACUUUAUACUUCUACCCUCUAUGAAAGCCUUGUACAGACCCCUUCCCUCUUUCUACCAUAUUGAGAGACUGGGAAGGUUCAUCCCUUGUAGCUUAGUAAAGAUAGCAAGAGAUCCUAAAGUCCAUUACCUUUACAGUAUUCCUUCUUUAACUUGCAUAGCACCUUUUAAAGGAGGCAGAGAUGUGAUGGUCAUAUCACAGUGCUGUUUUAUUUUUAAUUCUUGCAGAGGGUCAGGGGUGUAGUAUCAUAAAAUUUGUGCCAGAAUUACUGACCUCUUGCUCCCUGCAAUUGGGAGAGAGACAAUAGAAAUAAACUCUGUCACAAUGUAAUGCAAUUUAAUCACCAGGAAUUGGUGUAUUGUACCAGCAAUAGUCCCACCCCUUCCAGGACCAAGGAUUCUGUAAGCCACAAAUGGAAAUGGGGUUUAUUUUCUGUCAUUCUGUCAUCUUGGGCUGUAAAUAAACAUUAGAACAAUCGUUUCACCUUACAGUUAGUAGACUUGUUCUGCUGAUAGUGUGAUGUACCAGUGACCUUGUCAGAGCAUUCCUUUGAGAGUUACAAGGCUGUAUUGACUGGUGGCUGUGAUUCAAAGUCCAUUGUUCAUGGGUAGAAAACAUCCAGCACUCCAGAUGUAGACUACAUAUCUCUUGAUGCUUUUCCAGCAUCAUGGCUGUAGGAGCAUUAAGGGAGAUGUAGUCCACAAUAUCUGGAGUACCAGUGCCUACAUGUGCAACAAUUUGACUGACGUCUUCAAGCUAUAUCGAAUGAUGUAGCUGCAGUCAAUUGGAAAAUUAUAUAGGGGGGAGUGAGAGAUACAAAAGCCAAAUUAUUUAUGUGUAGUCUCAAGGUUUUGCACUUUCAUAGUGGACCAUUUACACCAGUGUUUCUUGUUUUUAACUUACAUAAUUAAACACUUCUUCUAGGUCCUUUCCAAAGCAUUGCGUGUAAAAGGGCAGAAUGUUCUUUUCUGUAGGCUCAGUCUAAAUGCUGCUAUAUUUAUCACAAAUUAUUCUUUCAAUAGGAAUGGAUUACUAAGAGCUUGUUAUAGCUAUUCGGUUUGCCAGAUAACAUUUGCAGAGGUUUCACCAAAGUCUACUCCCACACAGGUCUCUCUAGGUAUUUUGGGGAGUUCUGUUUAGGUCUAGACAGUUUUACUACUUGGAGUUUCAUUUAAGGAGUAUUGGGGUUAAUUGGACAAUAAUUACCUAAGCAUUUUCUGGUUUUUUUUUUUUAAAUGAGUAAGCAUCUAUGUAUUAUUUUAAUAUGGAUAUUUCAGUUGUUUUGGUUUUAUUUUGUUUUGUAGUUGCACUUUUACCAAGAAGACUUGACAUUAUUUGCCACAUGAUGUCAUCACCUAAAAAUCUCAGUAAGUUUUGGGAAUGGGGGAGGAAAAUAAUCUGUGUUGGAAGAAACUAUGCAGAACACGCAAAGGAAUUGAAAAAUGCAGUCCCUACCGAACCAGUCCUGUUUCUUAAACCACCAACAGCCUAUGUGAAGGAAGGUUCUCCAGUUAUCAUGCCAUACUACAGCAAUAAUCUUCAUCAUGAAGUGGAACUAGGGGUUGUGAUUGGAAAAGGAGGAAGAAACAUAUCUCAAGCAUGUGCAAUGGAACACGUACACGGUUACGCUUUGUGUUUAGACAUGACAGCCCGAGAUGUACAGGAUAAAUGCAAGGAGAAGGGACUUCCUUGGACUUUGGCAAAAGCAUUUGACACCUCAUGUCCUGUCAGUGAUUUCAUCCCCAAAGACAAAAUACAAGACCCCCAUAAUCUGAACAUAUGGUUAAAGGUCAAUGACAGCCUCAGACAAGAGGGGAACACUUCUGCAAUGAUCUUUUCCAUUCCAUUUCUAAUUAGCUACAUCAGUAAAAUAAUCUCCCUAGAGGAAGGAGAUCUCAUUCUCACUGGAACACCGAAAGGGGUGGCUUCUGUCAAGGAAGACGAUGAGAUGAUGGCAGGAAUUGAUAAUAUCAUUAGUAUGAAAUUUAAGGUUGAGAAACAGUCUUAGCGGUUUAAAAUGGCCAUUCAUGUGAUAACCCAUUGAUAGCUGCUUUGGGAAAGCAAUACCGUUUAGGAGGUGUAGCAGUGAUUUCUCUAAGUUCAUCGAGUUAUGGCGGUUCAUGUGAUAACGAUGAUUUUGUUUGUUUAACAUUGAGAUUUAAUUUGUUUUAUAAAAUGAAAUAAAUGAUCCAAAUCAUAGUAAAAUUAUAAAAUAACAUGCAGUUAUGAUACAAGCCACAAGGUGGAGCAAUGAACUUAGUAUUUUUUACAUCUGGAGUACAUGAUCUGCAAUAUAUUCAUAUAAGGCUACUUUUUUAUUUUUUAAAAGUUCCACUUAUAAUACAUGUGAAAGGUUUGAUGUUGAACUAACUAUGAAUGUCAGUUUUUCUAAAAGGCCAGAGCAGAUGUCAAGCAUAUACUAUUAAAUCUUAUUUUAUUUUUAUUUUUUUUAUAUUUUUUUUUACAUACAAAUAAUUUUUGUAAUAGGAGUGUCUACGUCCCUUUUAAAAUAAUUUUACAAACAAUUACUUCUAGGAGGCCAGCUAGCAAAGUGAGUUUGUUCCCUUCUUCCUUAGGCUAUUAAAAAUAUAUAUUAUUUUGUAAUGAGAACAGUCAUUGUUGUGACUUUAGAUUGUAAGCUCAUGGGUAGGGUCCUCUAACUGUUGUAUCGGUCUGUUCUUAUUGUGUUUGUCUUUUUAUUUGUUGGCGCUUUAUAAAUGCCAGUAAUAAUAAUAAUAAUUAUGGUGCGAGGAAUGCCCUGGCACCAUUCCACAGCAAGCAGGCAAACUAUUUAAGCACAAUUUAACUAACUUAACGGAUCCUGUCGGGCACCUACUCUGCAUCCACCACAUUAACUGGAUUCAAAUUUAAAGCAAAACAGGACCCACACAGGACUCCAAUAACUGGCUUAGAGUGCUCAACCAAUGAUUGCUGUCCUGCUGUGUUCCAAAGUGACACCUGGCCUCUCCUGCUGGAAAAGAGUGAAUGUGACGUGUGUGCCCACCAGGAUCCAGAUAACCUGUCAAACCAUGCUUAAAGGGUUUGACAUGUUAACGUUGGACUGUGCCAGUCACUCCAGCUCCUGAACCACUGCAGAAGGUUGUAGCGGUUUGGAUUUUCCUUUAACCCCAUCGCUGCCUAUGAUGGAAUUAUUCCGUCAUGGUUGUCCUACCCUAGGACCAACAAUGGAUUAAUUCAGUCAUGCAGAAUUUUAGCAGUAGGGAGAAUUUUUAGUGCUUGUAAUUGGGAAUUCAAAGUAUUAUUCAUUCUGUGAACUAGAAUUAGUGGCUUUACAAUGCCAAUGAGCUGUAUGCAGGGCUCAAAGUGAACACUACACACUGCCAUUUAAAUGUUGAUUUAAAUCUCUGCAGCCGGAACCUAGUGUGAGCAGGGUUCAAAUAAGAAGGGCAAAGGGGCAAUUUUAAAACAAUUAUGGAAAAAAUUAUGGAAAGAUUCACUGCCUAGUUCACUCAGUGGAGAUUGUAUAUAAGACUAAUGCACAGCGAGAAACUUGGGUUCUGCCGAAUAAUGUUUUUUGAAGAUAGAUUUUUAUUUUGCGGGACACUUGAAAUUUGGUCGCAUGUUGGUUUGGUUCGACUGAAUGUUGAUUUGAAAACUAAUUCCAUAGAGCAAACCAUGAAGGAGCCAAAGUGGGCUGAUCGGUGUGUUGCAAUACAUGUGCAUAACAAUGGUAUGUAUAUAUGUUGCAGCACUUCUCAGAGCCUUUCCAGUGCCAUUCGUUUCACUGAUCAAGUGAGAUAAAGUAACCAAUAAAGGGAAAAAAGUAGGAGCAGAUUUUUUUUUUAAUAUUUAUACAGUAUAUAUUUCUUAAAUAUAUAAUUAUAGAUGAAUGGUUUUUACUGCUCCUCCUUUUUUCCCCCUCUCUCUUACUUGAUUUGUGAAUAAUAUCAAUAUUUAGUGACUACUGGCCCCUAGCAAUCAUUAAUCUUUUUUUUCCCAUCAAUCGUUUGUUUGUUUUUGGGUUUUUUUCAAAAUGAUUAUGCUUAGCAUUGUGCAUUUUAGUUAGUCUGUUAUUCAGGUAUAUUUCAUCUUGGGAUUCUUGAAUUCUGCCAAACACCUUAUCAACUCAAAUUCGGCUGGAUUGCAGUUUGGUCCAAAAUUAAUCUCCACGUCUAGUAAAUAUAUAUAUAAAUUCAUUUCUUUACUAAGAUGAAUAGGCUAUAAAACAAAAAAAAAAAAAAAUAUGGAUGAGCACUUACUCCAAAAAUAAGCAGGACCAUCUUUAGUUUAUGAAAACAGAAAUAUAAAUUUUUCUCUUUCCAUUUCGUCUAUCUCUUGAAUAUAUUUCCAUUUAAAUUUGCACAAAUUGGUAUGAAAUUGACAUAAUGUAAAAAAAAUCCAAUAGAUAAGUAAACAACAAAAAUAAUACAGCAACACCGUUUAUUUUAUUUUCAAUUCCAAAAGUAAUUCAUAGUAAAAAUUUCAAAUGUGUGCAAAGUACUUACAAUAAAUAAGUGUUUUGUGCUGCUCAUGUCUUACAUUUCUAAUAUCCUAGUCUCUGUUAAGAAUUCUAGGGAACGUGUUCUAGUGAAUAUGUAAUCAUUGAAAACAGCUUGAGGUGAUACUUUGAAGACCAAGUGACUGAAUCAAUCAAAAAUGUGGAUGCAGUAACUGGUUGAAAAACUUGUUUUACAUUUUUUUUCUCAUCUGCACAAUUUCUUUACAGGCUUCAAUAGGGUCUGCUAUUCUACAGGAGAGCACAGUAACUCUCAUUCCACUUCUGGAAUAUGUUGACAUGCAUAUCUGUAAAAAAUCAAUUUGAAAAGUUAAUUAAAUGUAACAUUGAUUAAAUAAAGCCAUAUAACCGAAAAUAGCACGCAUUUCCAUAACAGAAAUGUAAUAUACAGCAUGAGCCAGAAGACAGGAACCUUUUAGUUAGCUGUAGAAUGUUUAAUGUUAAUUCAUCUCAUUGCCAUUAUGUAGUAGACCAAUAGGUGUAGCUAUGACGUAUGUUAUUCUAAUCCAGGGGUCAGCAACCUAUGGCACUCGAGGUGCAUUUGCACAGCAUUCAAGGCUGCCAGAGCCUAACAGGCUAUGGUCUAUCAGGAGUCCCAUUGGAACUUCAGAUAUCUGCUAGUGCAAAAAGUAGUCAAGGGAUCUCAGAUCACCACUUGUGAAUGGAAAUCUGCACUGUAGUAGAGCAGCCUGCAGCAGCUAUUGCAGCUCCUACCCUUGACCUGUACUUAGCCAGUCUGGUCCUUACUGGGCCCCUGGGAGCCACCCACACUGCUAGAUAUACAUAGGGCUGCAGAAUAAACCUUCCACUCAUACAAAUUACAAACACACUCAGUCCCCACAAACACAACACCACUGACAAUCCACAUACACGCACACAACCACACAAAUAGUCUCACGUGCAGUAUCACAAGUAGCCCCGACCAUACACACACACCACCAAACACACAAUUGACAUCAUCCAUACACACAAAUCCAUAAGCAGCCCCCAUACACAGCCCACAUUCAUAGGUAUCACACACAAUACCACAAACUGUUAAUGAACUUAUACAAUAUAACAGCCCACAUACACAGAAACACAAAUCUCCAAAGCAACUGCAGCACCCAUAAAUACCACAAGCAGAAUACGACAAGAUACAAACCUCAAUUUAAAAAAAAUAAAUAGGACCUGCACACCAAGGGGCUUCAAGAUCUCGUUUUG